UACAAACGAUUUUUUCACAAUUCGAUAUCCUUCUCUAAUAAUAUAACAAAACUUUUGUAAACGAACAAUCUGUCAAUUAUUUUUUUCAAUAUUGAAAUUGUGUUCAUAUUUUAUGAUUCUUGAUUUUACUAUUCGACAUUUUUUUCGAUAUCAGGAAAAAUUUGUCGCAAUUAAUCUUUUGUUGAAGUUUAUGAUGAGUGUUUUUUAUUGGAUAAUGUUCAUGAGAAUCGAUCAAUCGAUAGUUUUAUAUUAUUGUAUUAAAAUCAUUCAAUAGUCAUACAUACAUGUCAUAAAAAUGUUGUUGUUCACAAAUAGUUACGCGAUCGUAAAUGGAUAAUGAAAAAAAACGACGACGACGACAACAAAUGGUUAUAAAUUCUGAUCAUGAUCAUCAUCAUCAGUUAUAUUGAGAAUCGAUAUUGAGUUGACAGUCGCCAUUUUUUUUUGUUGUGCUAUCACAUCAUUCGUUGAAUAGCAACGAAAUUAUUUGGUCCAUCAUAAUAUAUAUUGAACAUAUAUUCUCAUACUUGAUUCUUACAGUUAUGUUUUUGCAACAAUUUUUUUCGCGAAAUAUUUCGCCACCAAUAACUGAUGCAGAUGAUAAUGAUAAUAAUGAUGACCGUAGUUCAUCAUUACAUUCGCAAGAUAAUCCAAUUAGCAGCAAUAAUAAUCAUCAUCAUCAUUCAAAACAAUUUCUCAUAAUCAAUCGAUUAAAUUCAUAUUGUUUACUAUCGGAAGAACGACGUUUACAACGAAAAAUUAAUCAAAAAAUUGAACAUGAACUGCGAAAAGAAAAACGAAUGGCACGUAGAAAUUUAAAAUUACUACUUCUAGGUACUGGUGAAUCUGGUAAAAGUACCUUUAUUCGACAGAUGCGUAUUAUUCAUGAACAUGGUUAUGAAACCGUCGCUGAAAGAAUGGAAUAUGUGUCAAAAAUUCAUCAAAAUUUACUGACCACAAUACUUACUAUUAAUCAUGCAAUGCAAUUAUUGAAUAUCGGCUAUGAAGAUCCAGAAAUUGAUAAUGAUUUGAAAAAAUCUUUGGCAUCAACGUACAAUUAUAAUUAUGUAGAAACAUGGCGUCAAUGGUUGAAUAAUGCAAAUAGAAAUUUUACUACAAAGGAUGAUGAUGAUGAUGAUCAUGAUGAUCAAACGAUACAUCGAUUACAAAGUCUUCGAUCAUAUCAAUUAAUCAUACAAAUGGUACAAAAUCGUUUGCCAUCCAAUCUAUACAGUUUAUUCGAUCGAUUCUGGAACGAUCUUGGCGUUCGUCAAUGUGUACAGAAACGUAAUGAAUACGAUUUGCUUGAUUCAUCCACCUAUUAUAUGGAACGUUUGAAUGAAAUUCUUGAUGAUUCGUAUGUUCCAUCCGUACAGGAUAUACUUCAUGUUCGUAUAUCUACCAAUGGAAUAAAUGAAUAUAAUUUUGAAAUCGAUUCAGUCAAUUUUAUGCUAGUCGAUGUUGGUGGACAACGUACUGAACGCCGUAAAUGGAUUCAUUGUUUCGAAUCUGUUACGACAAUCAUCUAUAUAGUGGCAUUAAGUGAAUUUGAUCAAAUAUUCUGCGAACCAAUUGUAGCAGCUGGUUUCGGUGGUGAUUGGUCACAUCGAUAUUCGAAUGAUAAUCAUCAGGAUGGUAUUAAUAAUUGGCAGAAACCAGUAAAUAAAUUGGCUGAAAGUAAAGCAUUAUUUAAAACAAUCAUAACAUCACGAUGGUUUCGCGAUACAUCGAUUGUUUUGUUUUUAAAUAAAUUCGAUUUAUUUGAAGAGAAAAUGCUGAAUGGACCUAAUCGAUUGGAAGAUUUUUUUCCAGAUUAUAAACAUUUUAAACAAACAAAAUUGUCGAACAACGUUGUCGAAAUGGCAGUCGAUUUUAUAUUGCAAAUGUUUUUCAAACAAAACCCGGAACAAUUUCGUCGCCACGUUGUCUAUACACAUUUUACAUGUGCAACCGAUACUGAUAAUAUUAAAAUUGUAUUUCAAGCAGUCAAAGAUACCAUUAUGGAACAAUUAUUGUCGAAAGAGAUACAAAUUUUUUGAAACAAACGGAAAAAAAUGAAAAUGUGAAACUCUACCAAAACACUAGAUGGCAUUCAUAAGGGUGGAAAGAUUUAUAAAUUCUGAAAAAAAUAACCACUUCAAAUCAACAACAACGAUGAUGAAAAAAAAAUGUUUAAUAUUUAUAAUAAUAAACGAUUGUAAGCAAAACAAGCACACAUGAACACAAAAAAAAACAAGACAAGAAUUUAAAAUCUACACAAACAAACAACAGAAAAGAAGAAGAUAGAACAAAAAAGUGACCACAUUAUUUUCAAUUUUUUUUUUUCAUUUUUUGACAUAACAGAUUCUAAUUCAUAUAAUGAUUGUUGAGUAUUUUUUUGUUUUGUUUCUUGAUAAGUAAAAAAAAGAAGA